AUGUCUUCCCCAUUUCCCCUCCUCCGUCUUCCUCAAUUGGUUCUGUGUGAAGUAUUCAAAUCAUUGAGUAUUGGUGAGAAAAUCAUGCUCUCCUUCUGCUCCAAGAAAGUGUCUAUUCAAAUUAAUAUUGCCCAGUUUUACUCUCAAAAAGUUCAAAUGUGUCUCGACAUGAGCAACCAAAGAAUCGAUAUUUUCUCUGAGGAUUCGAGAGAUUUGUUCCAGAUUGCUAUUGAUUUUAAUAGAAAAAUCAACAAUCCAAGAAUCCAGUCAUUUUCAAUUGGACGGUAUACUGUACCAACGUCCAAAAACAUAAACACGUACUGGAAGAACCAUCAAGAAGGAUUUCUAACUGUUACUCAACAUCUAUUGAAGAUGUUUCAUUGUACAAUUUCAGCUGAUAUUAGUUACAAUAACUUUGAUUUAUAUCCAUCAACAAUUUCAAAGUUGUUUGAUCUACAAGCAAAAUUCAAGACGCUCAGUAUCCUACUUAAUGGAUCGCAACAUCAAACCUUGCUGCUUAACCAGAUAUCUAACAAAUUUGGACUGUUUGAGGAUCUUAGAAUCGUAUCCGUUGCUAAUCCUCAAUUCAUACAAGUUUUCAAUUCAUGGCCACAUGAAAUUAAUAUCUCCAGUUCCGCUUGGUUCCCUCUGAAUUAUCUUUUAGCGUGCACUUCUUCUAUAAUUACACUUGGCUGGUCACAAUUGGAAAACAAGGAUUUGGAUGUGAUACUUCGAAAGUGGAAGACUGGAGGAUUCCCAAAUCUAGAAUAUCUGUAUGUCGAGAGUCAAAGUAUUAAAAAUAAUGGAACUACAAUUUUGGGAAUGAAUUCAAGGGAAUUAUCCGGAAAGGUUAUCCAAACUGAUGAUGGAUCGAAGAAGGCAACUAUUAAACUUGGCACUCGGAGUAUUGAAAUGUCGGUGACCCCACAUUAA